AUGCAGAGUCUACUUGAAGCAAGCCGGAAGCGUUUUGAUGCCAAAUUUGAUCGGGCGUUUGAGCUUGGUGCGAAGAACGUCUCGGUAGAUGAACAAGCUUUUGCGAAAGCAGCUCUGUCAAAUAUGCUUGGAAUUAUUGGGUUCUGCUACGGAAGUUCUGUACCUCAGAAACAGAGAAAGAACUCUACCGGACAGGAGGACUUACAAUUCCUGGACGCAGUAGGCCCACUAGCCACCCAUCUCGCGCGUUGUUUCCAAGAGGUUUCUUAUGGGAUGAGGGAAAAGGUUUGCCACGAACGUUACGAAACCAUUUUGCCAUUGGCGGGCUUACUCAAACCCACAGAUCUGCGGAUUGGUGCGAUUUUGGACGCUCUAGAGGACCCAGGACUUUUCAGGGCACGAGCAGGCGUACGCUCACUUUCAAGGAAGGACGAAUGACAUCGUAAAGGAGAUGACUACUGGACAGGUUCAGUGUGGAUGUCCUUCAAUUUCCUCACACUUGCGGCAUUGAGGACGAAGUACUCUAUAGAAGACGGCCCGGAGACGUAGAAUUUUACUGAAACCACUCAAUAUUGGGGUACCUGCUAGGUGAAGAAGAGCCCCACAUUAAAGAGGGGCUCUUCGGGCUAGGGAGGAAUUAGCCCUAGCCCCUCACAGUAUGAAGAAGAAUUAGACGGCCCAUACAAAGAAAGAACGAGCGUCGAAGAUACAAGGGGACGCGCAAUAGUGCUGUUUUUGUUAGUGCCACCCUCGAAUUACUG